UACCCAAUAAAAGGAUCAUUAUUAUGACAUAUAUAUCAACGUCGAAUAAUACAAAUACAAACAUGUAUGUAUGGCAUGCAAGCAAAGAAAAAAUAUUACAAAUAUAUUUGAUGCGUAUUAUAUAGGAACGUGAUUUAUUUCGAAAUUAUUUCCAUGCUGUAAAUAUAACUAGUUUUACUUCAUUUUUUUAUUUCUACUUCAAUAAAUGAUGGAUAAAAUGAGAUCGUCUUCUAUAACAGCUGUAACAAUCGGUACUGGAUCAUUGGCCAUUUUUAUUUGGUGGUGGUUUUAUAAGGGGAAAAAAGUACGACUACCAAAUGAAUGGUAUAAAGUUGGCGAAAUAAGCGAUAUUUUUGUUUUUCCCAUUAAAUCAUUGGGGUGUGUUAAUGUGACAUCCGUUGAAUGUACUAUUUUAGGAUGUAAAGUCUCUGAAUGGAUAAGAGAUCGAACACUAAUGGUCAUUGACUUAAAUAAAAAAUUUGUAACUGCAAGAAAAUAUCCAAAAAUGGUCCAAAUAUCUCCAAGUGUUACUGGGUCAGUAUUGACUUUGGAAGCACCUGGAAUGGUGAAGAUCAGCACUGACUUAGCACAAGUUGGAAAAGUAUUUAAAUCAGAAGUCUGGGGCCAAAAAGUUCCAGCCUGUGAUUGUGGUGAUGAAAUUGCACAGUGGCUAUCUCGCUUUAUUCUUGAACAAGAUACUGGAUUACGACUUGUAUAUUAUCCACUAGAUAAAUCAUCCAGAGAUAUUCGACCUAAUAAUCGUCUUUUUCCAUUAUUGAAAAGUGUUGAUUCAGGUGCAUAUCCGGAUUGUACUUCUUAUAAUCUUAUAAAUGAAGCUUCUAUUGCGGAUUUGAAUACAAAAGUAGAAGACCCAGUCACUCCUCUUCAAUUUCGCCCUAAUUUCGUGGUCAAAGGGCCUAAACCGCUUGAAGAAGACACUUGGGAUUGGAUAAAAAUUGGUUCUGUGAUUUUCAGGAAUAUUAAACCUUGCACUAGAUGUAUUUUUACUACAAUAAAUCCUAGUAAUGGAUGUAAACAUCCUAAACAAGAACCUUUAAAAAUUUUAAAAGAAUACAGACAAAUAGAAAACCCAGAAUUUCGUUCAUCGGUAGGAGAUAGUCCUGUAAUGGGUAUUCAUCUGGGUUUAAAAGGACCAAAUGGAAUUGUAAAACUUGGUGAUCCAGUAUAUCUUGGAAAAUUUAGUGAUGAUUGAUUUAUUGCAAUAAUGAUAAAUGAUGUAAUCACAUGUUUACUAUCAAAAAGACAUAUAUAAGGAAUUAUAUCUAUUAUUCUAGUAUAUUUUCUUACAUUUUUAUCAGUUGUUAAAGCAAAUAUUAA